CGAAGGAAAACAAGGCGGUCCUAGCAGUGGCCGCCAUGACAGUCGAUAGAGUAGCUUUCUGCGACGGCCGAUCUUCUAAAACAAUGCUAUUUUCACUAUGUUUGCCUCCGUGUUUGAAAACCAAAUCUUGAAAGAAGAAACAUCAUGUCUGAACGGAUGUUUUUCCUUCUGAUUUUUCUAUACGCCGUCGCAGCGGGAAAUGGCAAAGUCGAUGUUACGUUGGACGGACGAGACGGAGGUUUUUUCCUACGGACCCAUCCUUCGGACGACAGAAUCAUCGGCAGCCCUGAUGACGAGGAAGAAAUUCGGCGUUUUACUUUACUCCACUCUAAUGCACCAGUUACUCUUCGGUCCCAAUUCGGACCGUUCGUUGCAAAGCAAAUUGUCCAUUCUGCCUCAUCUCUCCCAAGAUCCAAUGACAGUAGUUCUGGAGAUGCCAGAAUAGAAUCUCUUCUUCAGUUUACUGGAGACAUUACAGCACGCCUGGUCACUCGGGAAGUACGACGGGACAGACCUGUACUAAGGGUGCUUUUCCACAGUGCAAGAGCAUCGGACCCUAAGCGCAGACCAGGAAAUGUGCCCACCGCUGAAGACGCAACUGAAGGGGGUAAAAUGGCCGUCGCUGAUUCUUUGUGUGUAGUUCUUUAUGUGCACAACCGUGAUCAGCAUUUAAUGGCUGCCUGCAGUCCAAGUGAAAGUCGUGACGGUGUAUGUCUAGCUCAAGCCACGUUACCUGUGUCCUGGUGGCCUCCAUUAGAAUCACCAGCAUGGAAGAGUCCGAAAACCCAGAAGACGUGGGUUCGAGUGGAAUAUGCUAUUCUUCAAGGUGGAUCUUUGGAAUGCAGCGAUACCACGGCGCUUCCAGUAGCAGUACCUGCUGGUUUACCGAGUGUAUAUCUAGAUGAGAUCCCAUUAUCUGGAGCGCAUGGUAGCUAUGAGGAGGUGAAAAGUGAUGAUGUUGUUCGCAUCCUUGUACCUCAAAGUCCUGUUUACCCACGGUCUAAAGUAUACGUUCCAGUGUACCUUCAACCAAAUCCUGCCUAUCCUCCUUAUGUGUUUGUUAUUAGAGCCCGAGUGAAGAACGGCUUGAGGAUUCUUGGUGCACAAGUUUCCCCUUCUUCCCAUUGGAGCAUAACGGUUGACAUAAAUCCGAGGCAAACCAUUGCCACCGUGACUGCUUUUGUCAAGGAUACGUCUACCAAAGCACCCCAAGAGGGAGCAGAUAUGAGUGCACAAGAAGUCUUCACGUGGUUGUUUGAAGUGGAAGAAGGAGCUACUUAUAAUGACAAUGGGCGCAUAACAUGGCAAUUAAGAUACAUGCUUGACUCAAAUAUGGCGGAACAGUAUGAUUUUGAUGAUGAUAAUGCUAAAAUUACUUCACGAUUGGACAUUCAUAAAGAUGAUGUACAAGCUGUUUUACCUAUUGCAAAAGUAUGUUUAAAGAUUCAGUAAUUCGAAUUUACUGUUCGUUAUUGUUAAGAAUGUUUUGCUAUUCAAUCAUAAGUUAUCAUCAUCAUGCAGAUAAGCAAAUUUAAAAAGAGAAACGAAUGGGAAAAGAAAUAAUUUCUAAAAUUAACAUUACUUUAGUGUUCAGUGAUUAUUAUAUGAACGAUUAUAUUGUUGAACUAAACAAAA